AUGUCUACCAAACCGCUGACUAAAACACCAACCCUCAAACGGUCACGAGUCCAAGCAGAGGACCAAGAUAGCAAUUACGAUUCUUCAGAAAACACAACUCUUAGCCAUUUGUUACAUGCAAAUGAGGGGUUCCUCGAUGAUGGAUUUUCCUACUCAAUACAUAACAACAAGGACCAUCAUGACCAAGCAAUUCUCGAUGCUAGCGCUGACUCUCAAUUACGAAAUGCACUCCGCUUCCUCCCAGCCAAGCCUCAAUUAGACGCUCUGAUUGAAGCAUUCUUCAGCAAUGUCAAUCACCACUACAAUUUCAUACACCCACCGGUCUUUAUACGGCAAUACGUAAAUUGGUCGUGCAGAACGCAACAGCGAUGUCUCCAGGAUCUUCAACUCACAACCCUCAUCUUCAUGAUGUGCGCUUGCGUCACGCAGCAUCUUGACAUUGACGCACAGACAACACUGGGCAUACAUCUGACCCAAUCACCAAAGGAUGUUUCCAAGGCGUAUCACGAUGCUGGAACAAGGCUUGCCGAGGCAAUAUCAGCUGGGUCAUACCACCUGAUGAAUCUUCAGUGGAAAGUCCUCUCUAUCUGUUGGUUCAAAGGCGAGGCCAAAUUCACUGAGGCCUGGCAUAUAAUUGGGCUCGCUGUGCAGGAGGCAUAUGAGCUGGGACUACACAAGUCGCGACACGGGGCGAGACAGGAUAUCGAGGUGCAGAUUGGUCGGCGAGCCUGGCGCGUAUUGUACUGCUGGAACUGGCAAUUGUCGUCGAUACUGGGUCGGCCAUUUAUAAUGAACGACAUCGAUUCGGAGCCUGAACAACCCAACUUGAAAGCUUCCCCGCCAGCACCAACACUCCAUACCAAGCUUCAAUACCAACUCAUAUCAUCUCUCGCCAGGCGCUGGCAAACACCACAAAACAUCAACUCACCAUCCAAGGUCCGCGACUACAAGGCGAUGGUAGAACAUCACGUUUCCACCUUUCCAGCUGUGUUUGCUCUGAACAACCCAGACACUUCGAAAGAUGUAGAGUGGCCUUGGGUCGUGACGCAUCGCUACUAUGUCCAGACAAUGGCGUACUUCAUGAUUCUCCAGCCAUACAAAGCCUACUUACUACAUCCAUCGACAGACCUGUCUGUACCCGAGAUACAGCAGCUACGAGAAGAAGCAGUAGAGUGCUCGCUGAAGACUUUGCAAAUUGCAACUCAAUGGGCAGCUCGAGUUUCACAAGGUGAUGGACAGUUUCAUCUUGUUGUUUUGUGUCUGUUUGAUACGGCUGCUUUCUUGUGCAUGUCUCUUCAAAGGGAUCAAGUGCAUAACUUUCCUCAACGGGGCAAAGUUGUUGUUGCCGUUAAUGAGGCUGCUGCGACACUGAAGAAACUACAGGCAAUUUCACGGGGAGCUCAGUCGUCGUAUGGGCUUUUAUGUAAGAUUCUACGGAAAAUGGAUUGGGAUGCUAUGGAUAAAUGA